GGCAGACGCGGGGCCGCCUCUCGCGAGUGCUCUUUGUCCCGCCCUGUGCGUGCUCUCGUCAGUCAACAGUGCGAGGACUGGGCAGGGCCGCGGGUGUCACGGGGCGCUUCCUGUUGUGGAAAGCUAAGGAGUAGAGGUUGGUGCAGACAAGAGGACGACGCCGGCUCUGCCAUGGGGACCUGCUUGAGAGGCGCGCUCCUGCUGCUCCUUCUCUUGGCUCUGGAAAACGCCGCCUGGGGAGAACCCACCUCCGCGCCCGCUCAGCAAGGAAGCUGUGACCAGUACACAAAUAAAACUUGUCAGGAAUGCCUGAAAAAUGUCACUUGUUUAUGGUGCGCCAGCAACAAGAAAUGCAUGGACUAUCCUGUAAGGAAUAUACUUCCUCCCAGCUCUCUUUGUGCACUGAAUUCUGCACGCUGGGGUGUCUGUGGUGUGAAUUUUGAAGUUCUGAUUAUAACGAUGUCUGUUGUCGGAGGAGGCAUCGUUAUUGCUCUGUGUGUUUGCUGUUGCUGCUGCUGCAGGAAGAAAAAGAGCAAAAAACCAGAUAAGGAUGAAGAAAAAGCUGCCAGGGAGAAGGAACAAAGAAGAGUAAGGCAAGAAGAGAGGAGAGCAGAGAUGAAAUCUAGACAUGAUGAAAUCCGGAAGAAAUAUGGUCUGUUUAAAGAAGAGAACCCAUAUGCCAAAUUUGAAAACAACUGAAAUACCAAAACCAGCUCUGGCAAUAUUGUUUAUACGAUACAGCUGGUAUACACUACAGCUGCUAUACCUUACAGCUCCUGUAUAUAUCUAGAUGCCUUAAUUGCAAAUGAAAGAAAUUGUCUUUGCACAAGACAAAGCCAACUAUAAUUCCAGGGAGCUGUUAACAGAUCAAGCCAAACAUACCUCUGAAAUUCCUACUAGUCUAGCGAACUGCAAAUGUUAAGUUUCUGUUCUCUGCCUGCUUUGCAGGGUCUUUGCUAAUACAGUAUCUUUAUAUUGUAUAUUCUUUGUCAGGUCACAGAGAGGUAGAGAAUGUUUUGUCUUCUAGUAUUUCUCUGAUUGUAAAAUGUAGCUGUUUUUAAUGUAAAGAUAGGAGAUUCACACAAGCCUUAAUUGUGCCACUAUCAGAAAAUGCCUAACACUUCUGAAUUCAGUUUUUCUAUAACACAGAGUUGUUGUUUUUUAAAAAAAACCCUGGGGUUAUCAGGUUUGUACUUUUUAUAUAAAUACUAUUUUUUUCAUCGUUAAACUGCUUGCCAAAUAUUGCUCUUUUCUCCUCUUGUGCCUUUAAAUUACAUCUCAAUAACUGCAAAAUUUAUUUAAAGACUGAUUGUAUGGAUUUUUAUGCCAGGAUGUACUGAAUGGCUGUUUGUAUUAGAAUUUUAAAGGCUCUGCUGUACUUAAGUGCAUUGAUAGCUCAGUCAAACUACUUUUUGCUUGAACAAAAGUACUGUUUGUAAAUAUGUUGUUGCCAAAUCCCUGUUGUAUCUGAAUCAGUUGAAAUCUCAGAAAGAAUAUCCGUAAUAGCUGAGAUGGGUAGCCAUGUUAGUCUAUCUCUAGCAGUAGAAAAGAGCAAGAGUCCAGUAGCACCUUAAAGACUAACAAAAUUCAUGGAAGGGUAUGAGCUUUCAUGAGUCACUGCUUGCUUGUUCAGAUACCUGAAGAAGUGAUAUCAUACUCUGCCACAUAUGUUAUUAGCCUUUAAGUUGCUACUGGACUCUUGCUCUUUUCUACUGCUACAUAGUAGCCAAAUAAUCAAAAGAAUGAAAAUGCUUCCUUUUUACAGAAAAGACAGAGUAAACCUUGGGGCUAACUUCUUUUGUGUGAGUAAAGACCUGUUUCUCUACAGAGGGUUUAAAUGUGCUGUUUGGAUGCCCAGCAUUUAGAAAAGAAAAAUUUAGGAGGGUAUUAAUCCCUGAACAUUCCAUUGUGAUCUUUAAAAGUGUAUAGAUACCAACAGUGGCACACGCACAUGCUUUUAAAUUAGGACUGAAUGUAUAUAAUCUUCUGUUUACUUACUUUCAUAAAUGUCAGUGACCUCUGCAGAGUUUUCCGGAGUCCUGCCUAAAACAUGUAUGUGAUUCAUGAGAAGUUUUCAUAUGCUUCUCUGCUGCCAUAUUAAUAAAAUGUUUAAGUAUAUUUCUACCUGGCUAA